UUGUGUACGCAGUCUCUGACAGAUUUUAGUUGUCCUAACCUCAAAACGGAUAAUUCAAACAUUUGAAUUUGUUAUUUUUUUUUAGCUAUUUAUAUUUGAUCUUGAACAUGUAGUAAUGUUCCCUUUAGAAGACUAUAGCAUCAUCGAUUCGGAAAAUGAUUUUUACGAUGAUUCCCAGGAUUAUGAAUAUGAAUAUGACGACAUACAAAAUGAAAAUUUUACCGAUAUUUGGAACAAUUGUGUUUUAUUAUCGAUUCAAAGCAUUCUGCCACUUAUGUGGAGGAUGAUGUUGUCAAAUGCGUGUUUUGGUAUUGUGAUCUCAUCUGUUGGAAUAUCUGAACCUGUGUUUCAUCUUUUAUCUGGUUUAAUAGGCAUUUAUUUAACUUCUGAAGUCGGAAGCACGGAAGGAAGAUGCAUUCUCAUUGUUUAUUUAAUAUUUUCCUAUUUCAUUAUUAUUGGAACUCAUUUCAUCCACAAAAAAUUUGCUAAGGACAUUGGACCAAUAGUAAAAGUUGCUUUCAUUGCAAGUCUAAUUAUAAGUGAACACUUUUUGAUAGAAAAAGAGAUUUUCAUUACAAUAAGAGGCAUAUUGAUGAUAUUUGUUAUGAAAAUACUCCAUCUCUUGGAUGAAACCCGAGAAAGAGCAAACUAUCCGAAUAUAUUACAAUAUUUAGGGUAUACAGUUUGUGGUGCUAAUAUAUUAUUCGGACCUUGGAUGACAUAUCAAGAUUAUAAGGGCCUUUAUUACGAACCAAAGAAAAAGAAUGUUUAUUGGAUAUUAGGCAUCUUUAAAUCAUUUGCAAUAUCCCUUAUCUUUCUUACUGUCUCUAAUUGUUGGGCAACAUAUUUUAUAUCAGAUUCAUCAAACAGAUGGUUGUUAGCUUAUAGAGAUGCCUUAGCUUUUCGAUUUAGCCAUUAUUUUGUUAGUAGUCUGGCUGAAAUGGGUAUGGUGUGUGCUGGCUUUAGAAAUUGUCACCCAGAGGAAAAAUUUUGGUCUUACACAAUUGUAAGUCCGUUAGAUAUAGAAUUCCCAAAUUCUUUGUCAACAGUGGUUACAAAAUGGAAUCAACCUAUGCAUUUGUUCUUGAAAAGGUCGAUCUACUUACCAAUGAGAAAAUAUGGACAAUUCUCGGCAAUAAUGGUUACAUUUUUAGUGUCAUCAUUUUUACAUGGCUUAGAAUUGAGGGUAUCUGUUGUUCUUCUUUCAUUGGGUGUGUUUUCCUACCUUCAAGUUAAAUCACGAAGUUUGAUAUCAGAUGCAUUGGAUGUUUGUUUGAAUGUGAAAACUUGUAAAAGUUGUACUCAUAAAUAUAAACGAAAUAAUAUUGCAGUGAAACUUUGCCUUUUUACAUAUUCUUUUGCCAGUAUUCUACAUUUAGCAUACCUAGGUAUUCUGAUGGAUCCAGGUUCCAGUGAUUUAAGCAUUCUAGAUCAAUGGAGUAAUUUGUAUUAUGUUAGUCAUGUUAUUAUGUUUGUAAAUGUUCUUUUGAUAAUAUAAUUGUUGAUAUAUUUAUUUGAUA